AUGAUUAAAAAAUUUAAAGAAGAAUUUUCAGAAGAACUUAGUAAACUUUCAGAUUCUGAAUUAAAUGAUUAUAAUAAUAUUUCUAAAUUUGUAUUAGAAAUAUUAAAAAACUAUUCUACAAAUAUAAACAAUUUAGAAAAUUUGGAAGAAUCAGAAAAUUUAGAAAAUUUAGAAGAAUUAAAAAAUUUAGAAGAAUUAGAAAAUUUAAUUAAUACUUAUAAUAAUAGAUUAAAUAAAAAUAUUAAAUUAUAUUAUUAUAAUAAUAAUAAAUUAAAUAAUAAUAAUAUCAUUAAUUAA